GGCCCCGCGCGGCCGAGGUAGCCCAGCGAGGCGGCGGCUGCGCCCGCACCAUGGAAGGCAGCCCCACCCCGGCACCAACCCGGGGCGCUACUGACCGCCGCCGCCUCCCGCGCCCCGACUGCCAGCAAGUGCUGCUGCUCUCCAGGCGCUGCCCUAUCCUCACCUCCAAGCCAACAUGAAGGAGACCCGGGGCGACGGGAGCGCCCCUUUCUGCACCCGUCUCAACCACUCCUACCCCGGCAUGUGGGCGCCCGAGCGCUCCAGCGAGGCGCGGGGCAACCUCACGCGCCCUCCGGAGACGGGCGACGAUUGCCGCUCGGUGUCCGUGGUGUUCCCGAUCACCAUGCUGAUCACCGGCUUCGUGGGCAACGCGCUGGCCAUGCUGCUGGUGUCCCGGAGCUACCGGCGCCGGGAGAGCAAGCGCAAGAAGUCGUUCCUGCUGUGCAUCGGCUGGCUGGCGCUCACCGACAUGGUGGGCCAGCUGCUCACCAGCCCCGUGGUCAUCGUGGUGUACCUGUCCAAGCAGCGCUGGGAGCACCUCGACCCGUCGGGGAGGCUGUGCACUUUCUUUGGUCUGACCAUGACCGUCUUCGGGCUCUCCUCUCUCUUCGUCGCCAGCGCCAUGGCCGUCGAGCGCGCGCUGGCCAUCCGGGCGCCGCACUGGUACGCGAGCCACAUGAAGACGCGCGCCACGCGCUCCGUGCUGCUGGGCGUGUGGCUGGCGGUGCUCGCCUUCGCCCUGCUGCCGGUGAUGGGCGUGGGCCAGUACACCAUCCAGUGGCCCGGGACGUGGUGCUUCAUCAGCACCGGCGGAGGCGGCAACGGGACUGGCUCCCCGCACAACUGGGGCAACCUUUUCUUCGCCUCCACCUUUGCCUUCCUGGGGCUCUCGGCUCUGACCAUCACCAUCGCCUGCAACCUGGCCACCAUUAAGGCCCUGGUAUCCCGCUGCCGGGCCAAGGCCACGCAGUCCAGCACCCAGUGGGGCCGGAUCACGACCGAGACCGCCAUCCAGCUCAUGGGGAUCAUGUGCGUGCUGUCCGCCUGCUGGUCGCCGCUGCUGAUAAUGAUGUUGAAAAUGAUCUUCAAUCAGACAUCAGUUGAACACUGCAAGACGCACCCAGAAAAGGAGAAAGAAUGCAACUUCUUCUUAAUAGCUGUCCGCCUAGCUUCACUGAACCAGAUCUUGGAUCCCUGGGUCUAUCUGCUGCUAAGAAAGAUCCUUCUUCGGAAGUUCUGCCAGAUCAGGCACCACAAAAACAACUAUGCAUCCAGCUCCACCUCCUUACCCCACCAGUGCUCCUCAACCUUGAUGUGGAGCGACCCUUUGGAAAGGUGAGA